UAUAAGCAACCGCCAGCCAACCGUUCGUUCGCUUUGCGCCGGCAAUCCGAGUGGAUUUUUAAAUUGAAUUGAAUCGCUGGACGAAAAGUGUGUGCACAGCCGUGAGUGGUGCGAUCCAGCCAAUUGAUAUUGCGAUAAGGAGCGGCGAGCAAAAGUAAUUACCUCAUAGCCAUCACCGUUCGAAAAUAGUAACCGUGUUUUCUGUGAUAUCUGUGAACCACGUAACAUAGCCACCAACGCAACACACAAAAACCCACCAAAAUGAUUAACAUGGACAUUAGCGUUACGCCCAACUACUCGUACAUCUUCGAUUUCGAGAACGACUUCAUACACCAGCGCACACGGAAAUGGAUGCUGGAGAAUUGGACAUGGGUGUUCUACUACUGCGGCAUCUACAUGCUGGUCAUAUUCGGUGGUCAGCACUUUAUGCAAAAUCGGCCGAGAUUUCAACUGCGCGGCCCGCUGAUCAUAUGGAACACCUUGCUGGCCAUGUUCAGCAUCAUGGGAGCUGCCCGAACGGCGCCUGAGCUGAUUCACGUGCUGCGUCACUACGGACUCUUCCACUCCGUCUGCGUGCCCAGCUACAUCGAGCAAGAUCGCGUGUGCGGCUUCUGGACCUGGCUCUUCGUGCUCAGCAAACUGCCAGAGCUGGGCGACACGAUAUUUAUCGUGCUCCGCAAGCAGCCACUCAUCUUCCUGCACUGGUACCACCACAUCACUGUGUUGAUCUACUCGUGGUUCAGCUACACGGAAUACACCAGCUCGGCCCGCUGGUUCAUUGUGAUGAACUACUGCGUGCACUCGGUGAUGUACAGCUACUACGCACUGAAGGCGGCCCGCUUCAAUCCGCCCAGGUUCAUCUCGAUGAUCAUUACCUCGCUGCAGCUGACGCAAAUGAUCAUCGGCUGUGCGAUCAACGUGUGGGCCAAUGGCUUCCUGAAGACGCACGGCACCUCAUCCUGCCACAUUUCGCAGCGCAACAUCAACCUGUCGAUCGCCAUGUACUUCAGCUACUUUGUCCUGUUCGCGCGCUUCUUCUACAAGGCGUACCUGGCGCCCGGUGGCCACAAGAGCCGUCGCAUGGCCGCCUCCCUUGCAGCCCAAAACGCUGUCAAGCAGUCGAGCAGCCCCCAGCAGAGCAGCGAGAGCUCCAAGUUUAUCGGCGCUGGCGAGGAUCAGGCCGCCUACCUGCGCAAAGCGAAGGCGCAGUAAGGAGCGCAGUAGUUCAGCAAACACCCACACCUACUCCCAUUACAACCACUCCCCCCUUGUUAACAGCUAAGGACAUUUAUUUAUGUAGCGGUGUACAAGUUGUUUUUUAAUUUUAAACCUGGGUGGCACACUCAACACACAUAUACACACACGAUCGGUCGGGAAAGAAUUAAAUUUGUAAGCAAAAAGUUGAACCGGGUAAACAGGCAUACAAACUAUAUAUCUGAACAUGUAUAUAAAAAAAAAAACAGACGAACCUAUGCUAACCCAAAUUCAGAGUCGAGUCAUAAAACUGUAUGUAACUGGGGGCCAGAAGACUUGUAAACGAAGCGGUGGCAUGUAAAGCUUAGGGUUUAAGGACACUAAAUGUGCAAGCAUAAAUAUAAGCUUCUAGAAGUGUCCAUUACCAGCCAGCCAAAAAGAAAUAUAAAAGAAAGGAAAGGAAUUUAGCUGCUUACUAGUUUGCAGGAGUUAAACUUAUAGUCACUAUGAAAACACUUCGUAUAUUUCCCAACUACAGUUCUAUGCAAUCCAUUUAAACGUGUGUUGUUAAGCCCAAAGUCGCAUAUGUAUAGAUAAUAUAAUUUGCAGAUAUAUUGACAGCCUCUAAAUUCAUGUUUGUUUUCAACUAGCCUUCGAUUUGAGUUUGAUAUUUAUUUGCGUUGUCAGCAAUAAUUUGCCUUCUCAGGUGGGAUUUUGUUUUGCCUCCCAGUUUUAGUUAAAAUUCUCAAAAGGAUCGAACUCCGGCCUAUAAUUGUGUUAUAUCAUUCAAUAAAUGAUAUUUACAGGCAUUUUGGUAUAGAAUUCAAUUUUAGUUGCUGGAAAAAGGUCUGAGAACUUUGUACUUCUAAGUCUAUACGCAUAUAUAUUUAUAAAAUCUAUAUUAACGGAAUAUUUAACAAGUGAAACUAAAAGAAACCAUUACCAACCAAUAACAAAACACUAUGAGUUAGACUAUUGUUGUUCCAAGAUCCAGAGCGCAAAUUGUUAUUAUAAAGUAAUUAGUUUUGAAAUCUGUAUUAAUUAACAAAAUCUGUAAUUGUCGAAUGACGAUUGAUAAAAAUUCUGCUGACUGACUAGAUUAAAUAUGUCAAACUAUAUCCUCCACCCAAAAAUUGGCACAUUUUCAUAGUCACACACAUAAAUUCCUAUUGCAAAAUGAAUCUUAUCAGUCAGUGCAGUUUUUUUUGCUAAAGAAAACUUAGAUUUUGUUAGGGGAAGGCAUUUAUUUAGAUAACCUGUGUUGAAUGCAUUUUAGUAUUACUUCUAUUUCUCUGCUGCUUUUUGCUAAAUUAGAAAAACUACAUAAUGCCCUUGAACGUAACACAACAAACGAAAUAACCAGAGAAAAGUUUAAAUUAUAUUUAUAUUUGUAAGAGAACGGAAAAUGUGGAAGAGCAAAAGCAAAGAACAUGAAAAGCAAAAGUCCUACUUGAAAAGUUAAUUUAGUGUAAAACGAGGAAACUAACAGAAAUUGAAAAUGAUGCAGAAGCUGAAAGAGGAUCGUGUGAAUGGAGAGAGUAGGAUCGAUUGAUACUGAACUCUAGCAGGAGAGAGAUAUUGAAACGAACAAACUUGAAAUUUUUGUCGGGUAUACAUAAUAAAUAAAAACUAAGCGAAAACAAAACUAAAGAUUGAGAAUGCUAAACAAAAACCAACGGAUAAAUAAAACGUAACAAACGGAAAAGGA